AUGGCGGCGCUAGACGCGGGUGAUGGGGCGCAGGGGUCCAGGAACAAAGUGAGGAGGCGAGGGGCAGCCAUGGCGUUCGACGGCUGCGUCCGGUUCCUGCGAGAGAGAGAACGAGAGGUAACAGAGAGAUGUGAGGCACGGGAAGAAGAAGAAAGGAAGAGAAAGGGCAGGGGCGCGAGGUCCAGCCUGGUCCUUCGGCAGCGGUCGCCGGAGGAGGGGAAAGGAGUGGGGCAGCGGGGAGCUGCUGGUGCUGCUCCGGCAGGGAGGUGGAGGCGCACGGGAGGCUCGGGGUCGAGCCUUUGCUCUCCCGAGCAAGGAGGCGGCGGGAUCGAGGGGAAGCUGCGGGAUGGAUGGAUUUGUGGAUCUGGAGGUGAGCGCUAUUGGUUGGCUUGCUGGUGA